UCUUCCGAUCCUUCUCUCACUAAAUAUAUACUCCAACAAAAAUGAUUAGGACAAGUAGAUUGGCCCAAUUCAAACCAAGAGCCAAGAUAAGUGGCGGUGUACCAAGAUGUAGAUACUCCACUGGCCAACAACAAUAUUCAUACAAUCAAUACAACCAAUAUCAACUACCUCCAAAAACUUCAUGGCCAAAGAGAAUCAUGUAUACCUUUGUAGGCUUAUCGGCGCUCUCUGCCUACGGAUAUUACAUGUGGUGGCCCAAACACACCUUUCCAUCGUCUGUAGCCAAAAUCUUACGGAAAGGACUUUGGGCUGAAUCGGAAAAUGGAGAAGUGGACUUCCAAUUGGCACUCAAACAUUAUUUGGAGGCAUUGAAACAUUGUGACGAAAUCAAAAUGGAUACGUUAUCGGAUGAGUAUACCGGGAUUCAAUUGAAAAUAGCCGAGAUGUUUGAGCGGUUGAACAUGUUGGAAGACGCAGCAUUUGUAUACAAUGAGAUUGCCACCAUGUAUUUGAAGGUGUUGACCAGUGCCCCAAACUCGGCCGAUCACAAAAGGAUCAAGAAUGAAGAACAUCGGGCUCAUUUGAUUCAAAAGGACUUGCGGAUAGCCAUCAAGCUUGCCUCUCUUAACCUGGGCAAUCAUCAACUCUGUAAGGCGAUUUUGAUCACCCAUUUAUUGAUUGCCCAGGAUGAAGUUCAAAAAAGAUUAGGACCCAAUAAUGAUUUAAGAAAGCUUGUACAACUGGCCAUCAAUAACAAAUCAGGCCCUGACAACAUGGAAGAAGGAGUACAAUUCAAAACCAUCGUCGAUAAAGAUUUUAUUGAAAUAGUUAACGAUGGAGUGGUGAUGAAAGUGGAAAGAAACCCCAUGGCUUGGGAACCAUUUACAGAAGAAUUCUUUAGUGCCAUGGACUUGUUGAUGGCUGUAUGUUUAACCAUGGGGGAUGUUGCCAUGGCAUCUAAAGUUAGAAUUUCUAUGACCGAGUGGAUGUUACUUGCUGAUGUGGAACCUUCAAGAGUAUUGAUUUCUCAAUGUAACUUGGCUGCCCUCCUUUACAUUCAAGCAGAAGAGUAUGAGAGCAAGGCUUACACUAUCAAUAAGGUAGUCGAGAAGUCUACUGCGGAAGAAGAAGAAUAUAACCUUGCUGUUAAGAAUAAGGAGAAUUGUAUUCAAUUGUCAAUGAAGUCAUAUGAAUCCGUUUUGGAAUGUGCCAAGGGAUUACCCGCCAACGUCAUUUCCGCCAACAACGAUAUCAAUGAAGCGGUAGCAUUGGCCACGUAUGGUAUGGGGGUAUUGAAUUUGCAUAUUUCUGACUAUCAAAAGGCAGAAAGAUUACUUCGUGAAGCAAGAGUCAGAUCUAAGGCUUGUGGAUAUGAAGAUUUACUUGGUAUGAUUGAAACUGAAUUAGGUAAGCUCUUCAGAGAAAAGAAAUUAAUUGAUGAAGGCAAGAGCGCCAACAGAAAGAAGAACGAUCAUAUGGAAGUGGAGAUUCAGCUUAGUUCCGAAAGAAAGAGUAAAUAAGGGCCCCUCUACAAGGUUGUAUAUAAAGUUAGAGUCUCGUAAGUAAUACAAAAUAAUAUAAACGUAUAGUAGUGGUAGGUAUCAA